AUGCAGUGCGGGGAGGGCGGCACGGUGAAGGUGAAGUACCUCGGCGCCGCUGAGUAUGUGCCGUGCCCCGAGGGAAGUGUAAUCGAAGUGACGGCGUCGGCGCACUUCGAGGACGGCGCGAAGAUUAAGUGCCCCAAGUACGAGGAGGUGUGCGCCAUCGCCGCCAACGGCAGCAGCCUCGUUGUUCCGCGCGUGUUGAGUGGAGCCGAGCAGGCGACAGGUGCAGCAGUUGAGCCGCCCGGUGCAGAGGCCUCUUCUGCAGCUGAGGGUGGAGAUGCUUCCGGUGCGGAGGCAGCGGCGGGAGCAGCUGCUGCGGCCCCCGAUGUGCCUGCGCCGCCCACCCCGACACCGGCGGCAUCCGUCAACGGCAGCGACGUGCAGAAGAAACUUGAAGUGGCGGCGCAGGCAAGUCGGAAGCGACGCCGGUGCGGCUGCUGCGGCUGUUGGCUGCAGUCACUUUGUGCUGCUCGCCGUGGCCGCCGCGGCUGCAGUGGCGAUGCUGCCGCCUUGAGCCGCAGCAGGAACUGCGGCUGGGCGCCAACAAAUUGCGGCGGGGGAAUAAUGAAUAUAUACACAUGCACCUAUGUGCCCCCCCGUGGAGUCCCGCACUCAGGCCGCAAUGAGGCAGCAGUGUAA